CUACUUUUUACCAACUCUAGAAACGUUUUCAUCACCGCCCACCCACCCGCAAUCUCCCAACAGCAAGAAAAGAAAGUUCAUUUACAGCAAAUAAAAAAAGAAAAAAAAGAAGAAUAGAAUCACGCACUUGUUCUUCUCUUAUAGGCCUUUACAUUUUCAUAUAUUUUCAUUGUUAUCCAAAACUAGAUAUAGAUAUAGAUAUACAUAUACCCCCAUUUUGUAACCGAACGAAUGAAACGCCACUCCUGACAGCCCCUUUUCUCUGCAUCCCUUCAAUUUUGUCUUGAAAAAGCACUUUCUGCUUUUUCCCUCGCGAAAAAACAAGACCCCUUUUCCAAUUUCUCUUUUUGUUAUCUCUGCAGAUAAUUUGAUUUACCGUGAGGCAAGGGUCGUUGAUUUUCAAGCUAUCUUUGCUUGACGUGGAGUUUACGAAGAGGGAUUCACAUAUACUGUUGAUACGGAUUAAGUUUCUAGUGUUGAUAUAUUGAUACGAGAGAUACUACUACUUAACCGUAAGAUGUGGUCUAUAAAUCUCAUCAUGAACAAACUUUUGAAAGCGUACGAAGAGAAUUUCGAUUGGCCAGCUGGCGAUCAUUUCCACUUCGUCGAAUCGUACAGUAUUGAAAAGUCGUCGUCAAACAAGGAACAGAGCAGAACUCAAAUAUUGUCCCACUUUAUUGAAGUCCCUCAUAUAAAUCAACAGCACUCGUGGGAUUGUGGUCUUGCUUGUGUUCUAAUGGUUUUGAGACUGCUCGGUGUUUACGACUGUAAUAUUCAACAACUGUGCGAUCUCUGCAGUACAACAAGUAUUUGGACUGUUGAUUUGGCUUACUUGCUGCACAAGUUUUCUGUAAGCUUUACGUAUUGUACCGUCACAUUAGGAGGCAAUCCAGAUUUUUCUGUCGAGACGUUCUACAAGGACCAAUUGCCUAACGAUCUAUUACGAGUAAAUACGCUGUUCCACGAAGCUCGUGAAGCUGGAAUCUGUAUAGAGUGCAGAUCCGUUAGUGCCAAAGAAAUUUCCGGCUUUAUCUUGUCUGGAAAAUAUGUUGCUAUUGCUUUGGUCGAUCAGGAUAAAUUGUGGAGUGAUUCUCAGCUAGUGGAUGGUUGCGUAUCAGACUUCUAUAGUUGCAGCAGCCCAGGCUACACUGGUCACUACAUUGUUAUUUGUGGCUACGAUGCUCUUACAAACGAGUUUGAGAUUCGAGAUCCUGCCAGCUCAAGGAAAAUUGAGAGGGUUACGUCGUGGUGUUUGGAACAGGCCCAUAAAUCUUUUGGCACUGAUGAGGAUCUUCUGCUGAUUUCUGUUGACAAGGGCGGAGAUAGAGACAACCUUGUAGAAUUCUUUUCCUUGUAAGAUUUGUUAUUCCGGGGUUCGAUAUCUAUCCUAUUUUAUUUCGCUCGUGACUUGUAUUUCUAUCUGUACAUUGAUUGUAUAUAUUGUCAUUAGAUGAUUUCUGAAACAAGAAAACUUGUUGAUUUUAGUGAAAAUGGUGUUGUGUUCUCGGUUACUGUAAUUAAAUUUCUCAAUACAAAUUGGCUAUAUUCCAUUUCUAUAUAAAUGAGGUAAAAUAAGUUGUUUGAUG